AUGGCAAACCUGGAAUCCAGAAAGCACAUUUCCCCGGACUCGGGAUUCCCCAUCACUAUACACCCGCAUUUUCAUCCUAAAAUAAAAGAUCAUCUGCCUCUAGAGCCGGUUCGGCAACAGAUUUUCCCAGACAAAGACCGUGCCACGUUCGCGGAUCCCGAAAAGAAGGCUCUCUUCUCUGUUGCGAAGAGAACUGACCUUACCGAGUCGAUUGGCACUGUGCUUGAGGAUGUCCAGUUAUCUCAACUGACGCUGCAGCAAUUGGACGAACUUGCACUCCUUGUAACGGAGCGUGGAGUCGUCUUCUUUCGGGAACAGGAUCUAACCACAGAAGGUCAAGUGAAGCUAUUCGAGCAUUACGGUACUCUCGAUCGGCAUCCCGCGCAAAAAGAAGUCAAACAUGUGAUUAUUAGAGGAAGUCGCGAAGAUCAUCGUGAGAUACUCAAGUAUACUCCGUGGCCCUCUGCAGAUUUCCAUGCCGACACGUCCUUCGAAAUCAAUCCCCCGUCUUACUCGCUCCUUCGUAUGGAAGAACACCCCGAGGUUGGUGGUGAUACGGCUUGGGUGUCCCAGUACGGCCUGUAUGAUGAGCUCAGUGACGCUAUGAAAAGAUUCGUCGAUAAGCUUCAUGCUGUGCACACUUCAAGGCUGCAGUACGAUACCAUUCUGGACCUCUGGGGUGUUGGCCCUAACCGGCCUCCCAUCGACACACAUCAUCCAGCAGUUAGGACGCAUCCGGUCACUGGACUUAAAGCACUCAACGUCAACCCCGGCUUUGUAACAGGUUUUGCAGAGUUGAAAAAGCACGAGUCCGACAAGCUUGUAGACUUCUUUGCAUAUCACGUCCACUCCGCAGAUGACCAUGGCGUUCGCUGGAAGUGGCAAGUUGGGAGUGUUGCCAUGUGGGACAACAGGUUUGUUGUAGCAUGGAGGAGAAUGCCAGGACCCUAA